AUGCGUCGAAAAAAAUCGCCGCCGACGAUCAACCAUCGAAUUUUCUCGAUGUACUCGAUGACGAUCUCGUUCAUCUAUUUGCUUCGAGUCGUCUUCGAAUUGGCCACCGAGUCCGCCGACGACAUCGACGUUCAAUGGCAGGUAACCGAGUGCUUAUUCGUCGCCUUCGGCAUUCUCAUCUCCAUCGCUCUACACAACGCCUACGAUUCGCGAGUUUCUCUCAUUUCGAUCUCGUGGGUUUUAUGGAUGUUCGUCAACACUCUUCUCGCCUUAUUUGUCAUCAAUUCCGACAUUGUUCAGUUAGUGAUCGAACGAAUGGGAGCGUGCACUGACUUGCGACCCAUCGACUACGCGAAACUCUUCAUCGACAUUCUUCACUUCUUCAACAUUCCAUUUUCGUUGUACUUCAUUUGUGUGUUCAUCAUUUCGACGAAAUCCAUCAAGAAGCGCAUCAAAAAACGGCGAAGUGUUUCAGAGAAGCCGAUCAUCAAGAAGCAAUUCGAAGUUUCGAAUGUGUUCAUCGGCGACGAGAUGGUCUACUAUGUCUAA